CCAACGUUGGCCAAAAGAUGCCCUUGUUGCUGUGUCCAACCACUUCCUGUCCAGCUUUGAUGUUGUGUGCUCUGCUAAUGUAAAACAGGCUGUUGUCAACACAAUGGGAGAAUUCCAGGACAUGGUCGCUGAGAUGUGUAUAGAGUAUUUCCAGAGGUUCCGUCGUCAGACCCACGUCACACCCAAAUCUUACCUAUCUUUCUUGGCUGGUUAUAAGACGAUAUAUGCCCUUAAGAAGGCUGAGAUUGGUGAAUUAGCAGAGAGAAUGAAUACAGGUCUCAAGAAGCUUGUUGAAGCUACAGAGUCUGUCAAUGAACUGUCCAAAGAACUGGUUGUUAAGGAGAAAGAGCUUGCUGUGGCUUCUAAGAAGGCAGAGGAAGUACUGAAGGAGGUCACCAGCAAAGCCCAAGCUGCUGAAAAGGUGAAGAACCAAGUACAGGUUGUUAAAGACAAGGCUCAGGUGAUUGUAGACAGUAUAACUGCAGACAAGGCUGUAGCUGAGGGCAAACUAGAGGCAGCUAAACCAGCUUUAGAAGCAGCUGAGAAAGCUUUAGAGACAAUCAAACCUGCUCAUAUAUCCACAGUACGUAAGCUGGCAAAACCUCCACAUUUGAUCAUGAGGAUUAUGGAUUGUGUGCUGCUUAUGUUCCAAAAGAAGAUCAGUUCAGUCGAGUUAGAUGUUGAGAAAGGAUGCCCUAAACCAUCCUGGCCUGACGCUCUUAAACUUAUGGGAGGCAGUGGCUUCUUGAAUGGUUUAACGCAAUUUCCAAAGGAUACGAUCACUGGAGAGAUGGUGGAGUUGGUGCAGCCCUACAUACAGAUGGAGGACUAUAAUUUAGAGGCAGCCACCAAAUCUUGUGGUGAUGUAGCUGGACUCUGCAGUUGGACAAUUGCUAUGUGCCAGUUCUAUGAAAUCAAUAGGGAGGUCUUACCACUCAAGGCUAACUUAGUGGUCCAAGAAGCAAGACUGGCAACUGCCAUGGCAGAUCUGAACUCAGCUCAGGCUCAACUUGAUGAGAAGCAGAAAGAACUAGAUGCUGUCCAAGCUAUGUACGAUGCAGCCAUGAAAGAGAAGCAAGACUUGCUGGAUGAUGCUGAGGCCACUAGGCGCAAAAUGACCAAUGCAACAGCUCUAAUUGAUGGGCUUGCUGGAGAAAAGAUCAGAUGGACUGAAGCAUCAAAGACAUUUGAGGCUCAGAUACAGAGGCUGGUUGGUGAUGUAUUGUUGGCCACAGGGUUUCUCUCUUACUCUGGUCCAUUCAACCAAGAGUUCAGAACACUCAUGUUGACAAACUGGCAGAAAGAAAUGAUGAAAGGAAAAAUCCCUUUCAGUAAUGAUUUGAACAUCAUCACCAUGUUAGUGCAUCAAAACACUAUCUCAGAAUGGAAUUUGGAAGGCUUGCCAAGUGAUGAACUCUCAACACAGAAUGGUCUUAUUGUCACAAAAGCUGCAAGAUAUCCUCUACUGAUUGAUCCUCAGGGUCAGGGAAAAUCCUGGAUUACAAACCGUGAAAAGGAUAACGAGCUUCAGAUUACCUCACUGAAUCACAAAUACUUCCGUACCCACUUGGAAGAUGCGCUGUCACUUGGGCGACCUCUAUUGAUUGAAGAUGUGGGAGAAGAAUUAGAUCCAGCUCUCGACAAUGUCCUCGAGAAGAAUUUCAUCAAAUCAGGCCGCACGCUUAAAGUGAAAGUUGGUGAUAAAGAGGUUGAUGUUAUGGACAACUUCAAGCUCUACAUCACAACCAAGCUAUCUAACCCUGCCUAUACCCCUGAAAUCUCUGCCAAGACCUCUAUCAUUGACUUUACAGUCACCAUCAAGGGACUGGAGGACCAGCUUUUGGGCAGAGUCAUUCAAACAGAGAAGAAGGAAUUGGAAGAAGAAAGAACAAAGUUGAUGGAAGAAGU